GCGCAGGUGCUGAUGUCUGGGGCUCGUGUGUGAAUAUUCCCGCUAAAAUCUCUUCAGACGUGCAGUGGACCGCGAGAAUCUGGUGUUUGUCUGACUCUGGGAUGCACCGUGCCACUGACUCGAGGGAAAUCAAACAGUGAGGGAGGGCGAGGAGGGAGGUUUUUUGCGCUCCCAAACCCGAUGCGCGUCACUUGUGCGGUGACUUUCCGUUGGAUUACAAGCCCGAGUCAACUCUGACGGGACCUGCUUUGCUGGAGUUACUUCAGACCUAUACUCCACCCAGAGCUCUGAGGUCAGCUGACCUGCCCCUGCUGUAUCCAAAGUCAGGCUCAAACCAGAGACCAAAGAAAACCAUGGCUUUCCUGCUGGAUAAAACUCCCUGGACAUAUUCGGACAUUCCUCCUACUUAGACAACACUACUGACUUCAUAAUGUAAUCAGUACCACUCCCCACUGGAGAUGAUGGAAGGUGGGUUGUCCAUAGACCCUUUACACGCGAGGAGCCACCUUAACUUCAGCAAUAUCAAGAUCAACACUUCUCAGCUCGACUUUUCACUGGAGACAAAUAGCACCAACUUGAAUGUUCACAACCACUUCCACAACGCACUGCUCGGGGUCAUCCUGGGACUCCUAUCUCUCCUCACCAUUAUAAUGAAUCUUCUGGUUUUAUACGCUGUGAAAAGGGAGAAAAGCUUGCACACAGUUGGAAAUCUUUACAUCGUGAGUCUAUCUGUGGCCGAUUUGAUAGUCGGCACCACCGUCAUGCCGCUAAACUUGAUGUACUUGCUGGAAGAUGAAUGGAAAUUGGGUCGCGCGGUCUGCCAGUUUUGGUUAAUCAUGGACUACGUAGCGAGCACCGCGUCAAUCUUUAGCCUGUUUAUUUUGUGUCUGGAUCGGUACCGCUCGGUGCGACAGCCACUGAAGUACCUAAAGUAUCGGACGAGAGGCAAAGCGAGCGUGAUGAUAUCUGGAGCGUGGUUGCUCUCGAUGAUGUGGAUAGUUCCUAUUUUAGGUUGGCGAAGUUUCACCCAUGUCGAUUUGAAACCCGAAGAAGAGAACAAGUGCGAUACCGAUUUCCGAUUCGUGACGUGGUUUAAAGUCAUCACCGCCAUUUUUAAUUUCUACGUUCCUUCGAUAUUGAUGUUAUGGUUUUACACACAUAUUUACAGAGCGGUAAGGCAACAUUUAAGAGACAGAGAACGAAUUAUCCACCCAACAGAUUCUUUCGGGGAGAAUGAACCAAACGAGCCAACGCCAGAGCCUCCGAAAUCACCAAAGAAGGAGAAAGAAGUCUUAAAAAAACUCUCAAAAACUCAACGCUUGCUCGACCAAAACACCAUAGACCAGACUUAUUCCCUGGAGGAGAUGGAUCGAGCUAAAGUGGCACCAUCCAGGAAAAGCUUAGCGAGAGGCCAACAUAAAUGUUUGCUCGCAAUGACAAAGCAAAGACUGCCCCAAAACGUCAAUAAAUGCUCUCUAGCUACUUGCAAAGAACAGCAAAAAGACACAGAGCUUCUGCAAAAUAAGCCUACACUGGCAAAGGACAUAAUCUGUUCAGUGGAAACCAACGACAACAAAGUGCGAGCGUGUUUGAAUCAAUCUGAAGUCUCUGCACCUAAGUCGGUAAGCGGGAACAAGAUAUCAGACAUGCAAGCGUGCAAGCCUGCAAUUUGCAACAGCUGUGAAGUCAAUCAUUCUAGUACUCCCUGGAAGGACGAAGACAUUGAACAGGACAAAUUGGACCCAGAAAAUGAGGCGACGUUAAAACAGACUUGGCAAAAGUUUAUUGACAGUUCUAGACAGCGAAUACAAAGUUUGAGGAUUCACAAGGAGCACAAAGCAGCGAAACAGUUAGGGUUCAUCAUCGCGGCUUUCCUCUUAUGUUGGAUACCGUAUUUUAUCGCGUUUAUGGUUAUGGCGUUUUGCAAAGAGUGUGUGCAUCAUGAUUUACACAUGUUCACCAUAUGGUUAGGGUACAUGAACUCAACGCUAAAUCCCUUCAUAUAUCCGCUGUGUAAUGGGAAUUUUAAAAGGGUUUUUAAAAAUAUAUUGAAUAUUCACUAAUGGGGGGAAAUAAGGAUAAUGUUAUCGUAACUUUGGGGGGAAAAGUGCAUGGAAUUUUUAAAAUGCUUUUGAAAUGACCAUGAAAAAAGAGCAAGGGUUUAGCAUGGGUAGCUGGGAGUCUUUAGGGUGAUCACCUGUCUCUCUUUUGCUUAUCCCGCAUUGCACUUUGGCUCCUGUCCCACUGUUACACUUAUUUUGAGAACGUCCCACUUUUUUAUGCCACAUUAAUUGUAAAAAGAGAUUUAACAUACAUUAGAUACAAAGAAAUCAUGAUUUUUUUUUUUAUGUAAUGGCUAUCAAAGCUGUAACAUGUAGGCCUGUCACGAUAACACAUUUUGAAGCACAAUCAGAGAAAACCAUGAUAAACGAUAAUAUUAAAACUACUUUAUGCCGCUGACACAAAGCAGGAUGAUCCCAGCAAACCAAUUUUAAAAUAUAUAGUAUCAUUUAAAGGCCUGAGCUGGAAUAAAUAGCAGAUUGAACUAAUAAUUAACCAUAAAAGUUACUUAUUCAACCCUGUACAGCUUAAAUCACAUUGCAUUACUACAAAAAUAUCCCCAUUAUUGCAAAGAAAAAGUCCUCCUGAUAAAUAUUGAGCCAAAAAAUAUAUUGUUCCAGCUUUCAUGUGUUGAAUUAUACGUGGAUAUAGUAAUUUUCGUGACAGGCCUAUUAAUAUACUGGCACUUAUUGCUAUUCCAAGCUCUGUCUGUGCGUUACAAUUGAUACAAACUAAAAUCAUAUGGCGUUAUUGCAUUUGUCAUCAUCUAUAAACCUACAUUUCCCGAGUCUGACCCUUCAUGUCGCACUUGUUGAACCUUUUCCCAUUCAAAAUUUAGUUGGAAAGUGUUAUCGCUAUGGCAACGGUCCUAUCCGUCCAUCAUGCUGAAACCCAUAUUCAACAAGUGCUCCCUCUUUCGUACAAUUUCAGGUGGUCACCUUAAAAGUACUUGUCUUGCAUCGAACCAGAGUGCAGACUGAUGGGGACGGGCUCGAAAAAAACACAUUUCAGAAAACAACAUAGACAACGGCGUAGGAUGUGUUUGUGUCGAUGUUUCCUUAAGUAUAUGUCAGAAUAUACGGCCCAUUUACACAGGAGUAGUACAGUACAGAUGUGGUUAGUUUGUAUCAAAGGAGCCCACCCAAAAGCAUUACACAUCUGCUAAGUUUACUCUAAGCGUUCUUCUGAGCAGCUUGUUUGUUGAUGGAGCUAAAGAUAAUACGACGCACAUCCAACAAGCACAAGGAGCGAAAAAGGGACUGUUCAUACAUUUCGCUGCUGUUUUGUUCUUUAAUCUUUAUUUUCGCAUAAACAGAAGUAUUCAAUGCGAGAUUAAAAUCCACUUUAUUUUAUAUAGCACAUUUAAAAACGGUUUCAAAGCACUGCACAAAACGCACAAAAUGGAGACUAUGGAGGAAAUCAUAGUCGUUUAAAGCGAGAACUGUUAAAAUCAAAUAAGCCAAAACAGUGAAAAACAAUAAAACGCAUUCAAAUAAAAUACACAGAGGACCACACAGCUAUUAAAUCUAAACGAAAUGGUGCCACCGCUGUAGUUUACAUUAUACCAUGGAGUUCUGCUUUCUGUUUAUAGAUGCCAUUUUGAGGAUUUUUCACCAUUCAACUUGUAAUCGCCAUGACAACCGCGCUCAUUUCUGAUCACUCCGAAACCCAUGGAUGGUCUUUAUUGCGCAAAGUUAAGCGUAUGAAUGUAACAAGGCAAUUUGACAAUGAUAUGAAAUGUGAAAUGUGUGUCAGGACUCAUGUUAUCGCUAAAUGCACUUAUAAACAGCUUUAUUUUGUAUAAUUUAUUUGAAUGUAGAGAAGGUGACACUAAAGAUGUGCUUGAUCCUGCUAUAUAGUUAUAAUCUACGACACCCGUGGGUUAUUAUGUCGUAAUUUGCACGUUUUUAAAUCACAGUAUGUAUCUAAAACAACUUAAAAAAAGAAAUAAUGUGCCCAAAGACAGCAAACAUCGCCUUAUCCAACUCUGUAGUGUAAAUCCCAGCAUCUCAAACCAGUAUCAUCAAUCGAAAGCAGCUUCUGGACGUGAGCCGAAACGUAUUGAUCGCAUAAACGUGUCCAAACGUCUACUGCUGAAACUGCAUUAGAAAACUCCUGGAUGAACGCAGAAUCGCAUCAUCUCAUUUAUAAUUAAUUUCCUUUCUACACCGAUGAAGAGUAACCGCCGCUCUGAAGUGCUAAGUAACUCACUUUGUGCAUAAAUGAAUGUCAUGCUGAUUGUCACCAGUCUGAGCAAACGCACUUGGACAUCUUCCAUUUGUGACUCGUACGUGUUUGGACAAUGAACCCACGCACACACUCCCUCCACGCCAAACGAACACGCCGCUCUCAAACUCCUCCUCAAACUAAAUGUGUAAACGUGUUCAAAUGUAAGAUAUUUAUUUUUAUAAUCUAUUGCACUUUGCUUGUUUCAAAUGCAAGUGAUAUUUAUUGUUUUUCUACGUGAAAUUGUAAAGACGACAGGCACGCAAAAAGUUGUGGUAAUAACAACACAUGGCACUGAAUGAUACUACGAAAGAUGUACGGUUGUAUACUGCACUAUGAUGUUAUUAAAAGCAUGUGAUUCACUCAGUUAUUCCUGUUCACUUAUGGGGCUCAGGAACGAUAAACCGGUCAAAUUUAACCAAAACAUCAUGAACGAAUUCUUAUUUACAACGCCGCCCGGAGUCUAGGUUUAAGAAUCACAUCCAGAUCUGCAAAACGUCUCGUAAUAUUAGCCGACUCAACCUGGAAACACUCCGUUCGACCUUGUGAUGUUAUGUGGUGUU